CACAAACCCCUCGGCUCUGUCCGCUCCCAACCAGCGCAGCUUCACCUGAGCUCGUCCCGGAUCUUCUCUUUCGGUCCCCCACAAUCCCAUCUUCACUCAACUUCACAAUACACAAAUGGCUUCUUUCGCGGCAAAAGCCGGCAAGAAACCUGCUGUGCCUGCUGCGCCGCUCUCUGACGGUCGCUUCACCAAACUGCCGUCGUAUCUCGAGGGCACCGCCUACGCCGAGAUCCUCGAGAACGCCCUCGCCUCCGCCCCGGACCCUUCUACUCAGCAGCAGCAGCAGCUCCAGCAGCAACAGCAAUCGCCUUCCGACUCCUCCUUCUCCUCCUUCAAACGCGACUCCAUCUCCCAGUUCAAGCAGCCCGGCUACGUCAUCCAGGAUCCGCUCGACUCGACCUCCUUCAUCGUGCCCUCCGUCGGCUCCGUCGACGUCCCCGCCGAGACCGCCGCCUCUGUCUCUCUCCACCGUCGAUUCGGCGACGCUGACGUCGACAGAUCUUCUUCUUUUUCUGCGCGCCUGCUCGAAUCACCUGCUCCGCCGCCGCUGCCGUCCUGCUGGAGUCCAGAAGGAUCCCCAUCCUCCCUCGAACUCUCAAACGACAAGCUCGAAAUCAUCUACAAGAGCGAGUCCUCGAAACCAACCGAUAAAGACGCUGCUUCGAUGAGAGCUAAUCAUCCGAUACCACCCCAAUGCGGCCUCUACUACUUUGAAGUCGAGAUCGUCUGCGGGAAAGAAGGCUCCAUCGGCAUCGGCUUCUGCGGACCCAAAAUGCCUCUCGCGAAAAUGCCCGGCCUGGUCCAGGACUCAUGGGGCUACCACGGCGUCGACGGCAACACUUUUGCCUGCCAGGCCAACGGCAUGCCUUCGUAUCCCUACGGCCCCGAAUUCACCACAAACGACGUCAUCGGCUGCGCCAUAAAUUUCCGCAACGGCUCGGUGUUUUACACAAAGAACGGUAUCUCGCUCGGGAUAGCGUUUAACGAUAUCAAGGAGUCUCGCUUGUAUCCCGCCGUGGGAAUGCGCAGCCACGGCGAGCAUAUCCGCGUCAACUUUGGCCAGCAGCCGUUCGUUUUUGAUAUCGACGCCUACAUGAUUGAGGAAAAGGCAAAGACAUACAAGCAAAUCAGCUCGUACCCUCUACCCGCUGAGCUCGUCAGCAACGCCACCACAGCAGCCUCGUCUUCCUCCGCCGGAGGCUCGGGCGCCUCAGAUGCCGCGCUCUCGCGUCUGAUCCAUAAGCUGAUCGCCUCAUAUCUCGGCUACAACGGCUACGUUGAAUCCGCGCGCGCGUUUGCCGACGACGUCAAGAGCGAAUCCUCUGCGUUCUCGACCGCAUUGUAUGGCAGAUCGGCCACGGCCGGCGGAGCGGCUGACUUUCAGAUCCUCGAAGACGUCGAGACCGUCAAUCGUCAGCAGAUCCGGACGGCGGUGUUGGAAGGAAACAUCGACCGCGCGCUCAAGCUUGCCGAGCAUUUCUUCCCAAAGGUGUUUAAAGAGGAUCCGAAGAUUCUGUUUCAGCUGCGGUGCCGGAAGUUUGUCGAGCUCAUGAGAGCUUGUGCGCUGGCGCGGGAGAAGGAGAAGGAAGGAGGUGUGUUUGAUGAGCAGGCGGCAGCGCAGUCUGAAGACCAGGAGAUGGCGGAUUUCACAACUAUCGACUCUGAGAAAUCACCAUCUUCGACCACGGCGGUCAAGAACGCGGACGAACUACUCAGCGAGGCGUUAAAGUACGGCCAGAAGCUGCGCGAGGACUACAAGGGUGUCACAUUCCCCGCGAAAUCAACCGCCGCUCCUGCUCCUGUACUCUCGACCUCCUCUGCGUCGUCGUCCUCAUUAUCCCCAGCCUCGUCCUCGUCAACGCCAUCGCCGCAACACCCUUCGUCGACUACUUCCUCUCCCCCUGUCUCGUCCGUACUCGACGCCCAAAAAGCGCUCACCGACAUCUUCUCACUAAUGGCCUACCCAGACCCGCUACAAUCGCCCGUCGCCCAUCUUCUCUCCGAACACGGCCGGGCUGCUGUCGCCGAAGAUCUCAAUGCCGCGAUCUUGGUCAGCGAGGGCAAGUCGUCUGUCGCGCCGCUGGAGAAAUUGAUUAAGCACACGACGGUGCUGAUACACGAGCUCGCGGAGCACGGCGGACAGGCUUCGUUUGUCAAUAUAAGACGUGAUUUCUUGUCGUCAUAGUAGCCAUCGUCAUAGUCUCAGCCGACUAUCGAUUGGAGUUGAUGAGCAGUGUGGUUUCUGGUGGCUGAGUAAUGUUUUUCAUCACCUUGCUUACACUUUACACUUAAUUGGUACAUAUUUCUCGGUCUCUUGUUUUCUCUUUCUAUUUCUUGUCUUGUGUCUGUGUAUGUCUGCGAGUGGAUGUGAGUGUGGGUGCGGUAUCAUUUUGUUAAUCAGGAGCAAUGUCACAUUUCCGCGUGUUUUCUUUUCUUUUCUUACUUUUUCGAGUCUGUGUUUAUCAAGUCUGUGCGUGUGGUUUUUUAUGUUUUGUUUUUGCUAUACACUCUCUCGGUCUGGAUUAUGGAAUUAAUAAAGUUAUACUCAUAACUACAGGA